AGUCUCAGUCACGACCUAAAACUCCCCGCCUGGCAGAGCAGGCUGUGCAGUGUUUAGCUGUCGCUUUAAGACCGAUUUCCCCCCAUUGUCAAACAGUCGUGAGCAGGAAGAGGGAAACGAAAGCAGAGCCCGAGGGGGCCCAACGUAUUUAAACACGAUGCUGCUGCCGCACAGUAACGGUGACCGCGGCUUCAUGCGGAGGAGCGCGUCUGCAGCCCGCUCACUUAAAAAAAGACGCACGGACACGGACAUCCCCGCAAGUGACCUUCUGAUCGGAUUGAUUCGGUUUUAAUUUACAGUCUGAAAAGUCGCUGGAGGAAGAUCAAAUAUAGGCUACUUGAGAGUCAUGGAAGUGUCACCGCGGGUUAUUGCCUCAGGAAAUGAUCACAAUGUCCUCCAUCAUCGCUUAGCUGCUUAGAGCGAAAUUGUCUUGUCUUGCGGCCAUUUCCACAAGACUCAAUUGCCUAUUAAUUCAACAAACAAAAAGACUAAACCGGCGUCUUGGAGUCUGUUGGAGCAGGUGCAGCGCAGGCAGCUUCACAGGUAGCCGCUGAGCCGGCUUUGGACUCUGAAGCCUAAUUUGGAUCCGGCUGGACAUAAUAUCCUAGACAUGUCAUCUACUAUAGAGAGGAAGUCACUGGAAGCCAAUGAGGAGCCGGUGGAUGAAGUCCUCCAGAUGCCACCGUCUCUGCUGAACUGCGGUGGGUGUCAGCAGAGCAUCGGCGACAGAUUCUUCCUUAAGGCCAUCGAGCAGUACUGGCAUGAAGACUGCCUGAGCUGCGACCUGUGUGGCUGUCGACUCGGGGAGGUGGGCCGCCGGCUCUACUACAAGCUGGGACGAAAACUAUGUCGGAGAGACUACCUCAGACUUUUCGGUCAGGACGGUCUCUGUGCUUCCUGUGAGAAGCGGAUUCGAGCAUUUGAGAUGACGAUGCGUGUGCGGGACAAGGUUUACCAUCUGGAGUGUUUCAAGUGUGCCGCCUGCCAGAAGCACUUCUGUGUGGGUGACCGCUACCUGCUCAUCAACUCAGACAUUGUGUGCGAGCAGGACAUCUUUGAGUGGACCAAACUCAACAAUAACAACAUGAUUUAGCAGAACCUCUUAGUCAACAUGAAGGAGCGUUGCCUUUUCCUACUGGCUUUAAAGGGAAUGAACAGACAUUGUGCAGCCUGUGCAGGCUUUACCAUGCACCUGACAUUCAUAUGGAAUCAUUUUAACACAAAAGAGAGGCUACAUCUUUGCAUUGCUGGAGACUAAUGAAGACUGCACCAGCAAUAACACACAGAUCUUCAUUAAAGGUUUCAUCGUUAAAUGCAAAAAAUGCUUGAAUACUGGAAACACUCAAACAUGCAAUAAUAGUUGUUUGUUAUACAUACUGGAAUUUUAGAAAUUUAGCAAUAAACUUUAUCAAAAAAAUAAUUCUUUGUCAAGUUUAUUGUAGUCAAACACUAUUUUAACGUCUCAGUCAGGUCUGAAGUGUUCAAUGAGAAUUUCAGCAAGGUUUUAUAUUUCCUGAGAAUUUCUUGGAAAGGACUACAGUAUGUAAGGAACGGCUCUAUUUAAAAUCCAAGUAAAUAUCCAUUGAUUAUUGGAAGCCUAAUUCUCCAUAUAUGUUGAAUUAUAUGCUUUGGACACAUUUCCCAUUGCAUGUUCAGCUAACAUGCUGCACUGACUAUCUCUAUUUCCUAUGAAUACUUUUAUUUUUCCCUCCAGGAAACUUUACUAGGAAGUUAGCAAAAAAUGUAAUAGGAAAUGACAGACCUGUAAAAUGAAGUGUAAACAUAUUUGUAUGUUACAAAUGGAAUAGAAAGUCUCCAUUGAAAAGUCCUGAUCAGAAUGAUUGUACUGUAUUGCCAGGUUGAACUGGUGGUGCCCUCUAGUGAUCGAGGGAUCCCAUGCAAUACUCAUUUUACUGACUUUGGAGCUGUUUCCAGCGUGUCUUUUGUAGUUGUUACACUUCUCUGGACAUGUACCCACAACAUUUUGGAUAUUUACCAAUAAAUACAUUUCAAUUUAAAGACA